UCGUACGCACAUGUCUUGACUGUUUCUUUGAUUACAUUACAUGAUAUUCCUUAACUUCUCCGUAAAUCCAUGAACAUCAUAGUAUUGUGAUGGGAGUGCUAUUUCAAUUCUCACGAACCCCAUAUCUAGUUCAUGGAGAUUAAAAGAGAGAAAAAAGAAAAAGAAAAAGAAAAGGGACUAUUUAUUGGCUCUUGGAAUCGGAUUAACAUGAUAAAUCUCAUCCCUUUUUGAAGAUUUAUCCAAAAAUAACAACUGGGUGUAGAAAUGUAUAUAGGAGUCUCUUCUGCAUAUAUAGAGUUUCAAACAAAACAAAGCUCCUUCUUUUCGUCUAUAGAAAUCGUUUUCUUCCUUUCACUAUAUAUAUAUAUAUAUAUAUCAAUGAAAUUAUGAGAUAGUUUAUGCAUUAUGAUUAAUAUGUGAUAUUCCAACGACAUAUUCUUUUGUUGGGUUGUUAUGGGAUUCUCUGAUUCUUUGUUUGGGAGAGCUGCCAGAAAAUUCAUCAAAAGGAAAGACAGCGAUGCAGGCGAAGCAGGUCGAGCACUGGAAGAUCUAAAAAGUUCUCUCUACAAUGAGCUACGAACCUCCGAAGGUGCCAAGCGCCAACAGCAACGAUUUUGUGGGCCAGUCGUGGCAAUGGCAUUUAAUUUCAUAGUUGCUGUAGGCAUUAUUCUGGCAAACAAAUUGGUGAUGGGGAAAGUUGGAUUUAACUUCCCAAUUUUUCUCACAUUAAUCCACUACUCUACUGCAUGGCUUCUACUUGCCAUUUUGAAGGCAUUCUCACUGCUUCCAGCCUCCCCAUCUUCUAAAACAACUCCCUUUUUUUCCCUCUUCUCGUUGGGGGCUGUCAUGGCUUUUGCCUCUGGCCUUGCCAAUACCAGCCUAAAGCAUAACAGUGUUGGUUUCUACCAAAUGGCUAAAAUUGCUGUCACUCCUACCAUUGUUCUUGCAGAGUUCAUCCUCUUCAGGAAAACCAUUUCUUCCAAGAAGGUUUUGGCUCUGGCUGUUGUCUCUACAGGUGUGGCAGUAGCAACUGUAACAGAUUUGGAGUUCAAUUUGUUUGGUGCUUUAGUUGCUAUUGCAUGGAUAAUCCCAAGCGCCAUAAACAAAAUCCUGUGGUCUAACUUGCAGCAGCAAGGCAAUUGGACUGCUCUUGCGUUGAUGUGGAAGACUACACCAAUGACGAUUUUCUUCUUAGUAGCUUUGAUGCCAUGGCUGGAUCCACCAGGAGUGCUAUUAUUUAAGUGGAAUCUCAAUAGCGCUGCCGCCGUUCUUAUAUCGGCCGCGCUUGGUUUUCUCCUUCAAUGGUCUGGAGCUUUGGCACUUGGAGCAACAUCGGCAACUUCUCAUGUUGUUCUAGGACAAUUCAAGACUUGCGUGAUAAUGCUUGGAGGCUAUCUUAUUUUUGAUUCAGACCCAGGGUACAUAAGCAUCUGUGGAGCAUUUGCUGCUCUUUUUGGAAUGUCAGUUUAUACAUCACAGAACUUGCACGAAUCGGGUGAAAGUUUGUGUAAGCAGCUUCCAAAGCAAAACUUACCAUCCCCGAGACCAAAAACAAACGCUGAAGAGAGCUUAGAGUCAGACGUUAAAGAUGCCACAAAUGUUGUCUAAAAUGUGAAUUAACAUAUUCUUCUGCGAAUGAGAAUAGGGUCUUGGCAUAUCAACCCUCUUGAGAGAGAGAAAGAGAGGUUCCUAAUGUCAUUUCAACCUUAGGAAUCCUGAUUCA